AUGAGUGUAGGAGUUCCUGUAACCAAGUCGUUUAAUAAAUUAAAAAAAUACCCAUAUGAAAUUAAUAAAUUCGAUAGAAGAGAAACCAGUGAAUACUUCUACUUACCUGUUGAUUGUCCACGUAUGAAAAAAUGUGACGAUGCUUAUUGUCCUUUAGCCCACACAAAAUUGGAGAAGAUAUUUCAUCCUAUUGUAUAUAAGACGCAAGCUUGUCAGAUGGCAAAAGAUGGUGCUUGUGAUUAUUUUCAGAAGUGUGCAUUUUAUCACGAUUCGAAUGAUAAGAAUGAAGCUCAUAUAAAUUGGACAAUAUGGGAAAAGAAGUGGGACAAAUGGAGAAAUAACAUUGACCAUAUUUUAACACAACAUAAUAAGAAUGAUAAGGAGAUAAGAAGAAAGGUUGAAAGUAUUUUAAAGAUACGAAUGCCACAUUUUAAUUAUGGUUCUAAUAAAAAUAAUGUGUUUUUAAAUAAAAAUGUUCCAACUUUUCAUACAACAUGGCAAAACUUGUCUAGUUCGACUAAUGGAAAUAAUAAUAUGAAUAAUACUAUUAUCAAUAAUAUGAACAAUACUUUAAGCAACAUUAAUAGUAAUAAUAAUAAUAAUAAUAAUAAUAAUAAUAAUAAUAACAAAAUGCAUAAUUUAAAUAACAUGUUAUGUUCGUCUUUAAACUCUUCAAGCGUUCCUUGUUCUACUAGUUUGUUUAAUAACACGUGGAAUAAAUCUUUAUCGAAUAGCAAAAAAAAUAUAAAGGGUAUGGAAGAGAAUAAAAAUAAAAAUAGUUCCUGUUGGGUAAACGAAUUAAAUGAUAUAAAUAACAUGACCCCUGACAAAUGUUCCAAUAUGAAUAACACAUUUGUAAACAAGAAUAAUAUGUAUUUUGAUGAGACACUUGGCUAUAAUAAUAAUAUGAUAGAUUGUGGGAUGAAUUUUGAUAUUCUUGAUAAUAAUGCAUAUAAGGUUGUGGAAUUUUGUUUUACUGAUUAUGAAAAUAAUAAGAACAAGAAUAAUUGUAAUUGGAAAGAUGGCAAUGAAAAUUUUAAUAAUUCUUCUAUGACUUCUUAUUUUUCUAAUAAUGGAAAAAUACUAGAAAAUGAAAAGUCGAAUAUAUAUCAUUCGAACAAUAAUUAUAAUAAUAACAAUAAUAAUGAUAAUAAUCAGACAAGUACUCAUUUUGAUGAAGCUUUAAAUUAUAAUAAAACGUGUGAAUAUUUACCAAACCUUUUAACGUCUGAAGAAGUAAAUGACAACAAUAAUAAGUGUAAAAAGUUUAAUACAUUACCAACAUCAUUUAAAGAUAAUAUUGCUGGAAAUAUUAUGAAUAAUUCAAAUAAUAGCUGUGAUAUGUUAAAUUCUAAGUAUGUAUUAAAUAAUUCUAAUAAUACUUCAAUAUUUGAUAAUUAUACUAAUUUAUCUACCCUUUUUGAUAUGAAUGAUAGUAAAAUGAAUAACUUAACAAAUUUUUCUAAUUGUAAUACAUUAGAACAUUUAAGUUUUGAUGAAUUAAAUAAAUCGAACAAUAAUAACGAUGAUUUUUUUAUAUCUAAUGAAAAGUCUGAAGAUGGUAAGAAUUUGAAAUUCUCCCAAUUUUUAUCCUCUAAUUCGAGUAAUGGGGUUAGGUAUGGUGCAAAUAAUAAUGACCUGAGCAUUGUUAAUAUGUGUGGCCUUGAUACGAAUGAUAAUAAUAAGAAGGAAGAUAACCCAAUGGAUAAUAAUAAUAAUAAUAAUAAUAAUAAUGACGACAAUAUUAAUAAUAAUAAUAAUAAUAAUAAUAAUAAUUUUUUAAAUAAAGAAGAGUCCAAAGAAGCCAAAACGGAAGGUACAAAUUCAAACAAUAUUCAAUCUAAUGAAAAUAAUACAAAACCUGGAAAUAAUAAAAACUCAAAGAAAAACAAGAAUAAGAAGAAUGCCUUAAAUAAUAUCAGAAAUAAUUCAAUCAAUAGAAAUUUAAAGGGCGUCAAUUUUAGUGAGGUUGUUAGUUUGAAUAAUAAUGAAAUGAAAAGUGAAGUUCAAGAAAAGAAGAAAAAUAAUAAGAAAGAAAACAAAAAUAAUAAGAAUAAUUGUAAGGAAAAAGAUCAAGAGGAAAAUAAAAUUUCAAAUGAGAAACAUAUAAAUAAGAAGGAAAAAAAUAAAAAUGCAGGGGAGGAUGAUGAAGAGGAUGUAACCAUUACGGAUAUUAAUGUAUUAGAGAAGGAAAAAAGUAAAAACCAGAAAAUUAAAAAUAAUGAAAAUCAGCAUAAUAAGAAGAAUAAUAUUGGUCAAAAUAAUAUUAAUAAUAAUAAUAAUAAUAAUAAUAGUAAGAAUGGAGGUAGAAAUUCUAAAAAGGGUGGAGACAUCAUAAAUAAUCAACAAACUGUUGCAGGAAAUAAUAAAAAGAGUGAGAUCAAAAAUGGGGAAAAAAAUGAAAAGAGUAAUAAUCAUAAUAAUAAUGAUAAUUUAUUUAAUAAUAAGAAUAACUGUUCGUACACGCAAAUGAAUAAAAAAUUUACAGAUGUUAAUGUAAUAGAAAACAACCACAUUAGUGAUGUUAACCAUGCAAAGAGUAGUAUAUCUGUUCAAAGUAAGAAUAAUGAAAAUAAUAUGAACAAAGAAAAAGAUAACAAAAAGAAAAACAACAACAAUAAUAAUAACAACAAUAAUAAUAACAAUAAUAAUAACAACAAUAAUAAUAACAACAAUAAUAAUAACAACAACAAUAAUAAUAAUAUUUUAAAUAAUAUUAGCAAUAAAGAGAAUAAAGUAAUAACCAAUCAAAAGAAUAAUGGUUUAGUAGGUAAUAUGAGUGGAACCAUUAUUAGCACAAAUCAUAGUAAUAAUAAUGAAAGAGGGAACAAAAAAUAUAUGAAUAAUUACCACGUUAAUAGCCAUGUACACAAUAAAGAGAACAAGAACAACAUUAAUAAUAGAAUUAAUGUAAUAUCAAAUAAUAAUAACAAUAUAAAUAAUAUUGAAGAGGAUAGUAAAAAUAAUUCUAAUGAUAUACUUACAAAUUUGAAUGAUACAAAUAUUCACCAGUUGCUUAUGAACCAUGGACAAUUGGAUGAUAAGGAUAAUAUGAAAAAUAAUAAAAAGGAUGAUAAUAAUAUAGCAUUUAAUGUUUUAACAAACAAAGAAAAUAAAUGUAAUAAUAAUUAUAAUAAUAUUGGAAGAGCAAUUACUACAGCCGUUGGAACAUCAUCUUUUAUAAAUAAUAGUAAUAUUGGUACAGAAAAUAAGAAUUUUGUAAAUGAUAUAAUAGGAGAUAUACAUGAGAAAGGUAGAGAUAAUAACAGUAUAUUUCUGGAAACAGAUAAUUAUAACAAUUUAAAUAAAUUGAUUAUGCAAGAGAAUGAAAAUAUGUUUAAUAAGAAUAUAAGAAGUAAUGUGAAAAAUAUAUUGGAUUACAUUACAAUGGAAAACAAGAAUAUGAAUAACAACAACAACAACAACAAUAAUAAUAAUAAUAAUAAUAAUAAUAGUAACAUUAGUGAUGAUAAUGCCCUUUUUAGUAAUAAUAACUAUAUGAAUAAACAUGAAAACCUAUAUACCAACAAUAUGAUUAAUGGAAACAAAAUAGUUGAUUUUGAUAACAUGAGAAAUAUGAACAGUAAUUAUAAUAAAAAAAAUGACUGUAUGUUUUUAUUUAAAGAUAAUUUAAGUAUAUCAGGUUUGGGAAAUGUAAAUCUAUGUAAUGAGAAAAAUAUGAUAAAUGAAAGUUUGAAUAAUAUUUUUAAAGGUGAUAAUAUUAAUAAUAAUAUGUCUUUAGGUAUUAAUAGUCCGUGUUUAACUAAAGAGGAUUUUUUUAAUUGCGCAGGAAAUAAUAAUGUGGUUGAAAAUAAGUCUAAAGAAUAUAAUAUAAGUGAUAAUGGUAUAAAUGAUUCGUGUGAUUAUACAAAUAAUCUUUUAAAUAUAUUUUUAUCUUGUAAUAGUAUUAAUGAAAAUUUUGAUGAUGCAAAUGAGUAUAAUAAUAAGAUCAAUGGAUUUAAAGGGGAAAAUCAUUAUUCAUAUAAUAAUGUAGGGAAAAAUAUUUCGACAGAUAUAAAUGAAUCUUAUAAUAAUUCAGAGAACCAUUUUAACUUGUUUGGUAAUUAUAAUUUUUUUGGGAAUAACUGCAUACAUUGUAAAAGUUAUAAAAAUGAAAUAAAAAAUUUAACACUUCAAAUAAAGCUUAUGAAAGAAGAAAUAUUAAAAUAUAAACAAUUAAUAAUGUCAUCAGGAAUAAAUGAAAAAUUUGAGAAAAAUUUCAAUAGUUCGAAUUUUAGUUGGAACAGUACUAAAAAUUUUAAUGAUACAUAUGAACACAAAAAUUAUGUUUCAUCUAUUGAGGCAAACGAUUGA